AUGGCGGUUAUAUUUAAUGGAGCAGUGAAACUUUAUUAUUAUCUCAACGAAGAAAUUGCUGAUCAUAGAACAGAAAACUGGCCUUUGAUGCGCACCCCAUGGCCCGGUCUGGUCAUUAUUUCACUUUAUCUUAUGACCGUUUUAAAGUGGCUUCCAAAAUAUAUGGAAAAUAGAUCACCUUUCGACCUUCGCAAGUACAUCGCCUUAUAUAACGCUAUCCAGAUUGUAUGCUGUGCUUACGUUGUUUACCAGAGUAUGGUAUUGGGUUGGCUAAAUCAUUAUAAAUUAAUAUGUCAGCCACUGGAUGAUGGACCGUUGGAUACAGAAUACGCAUGGAAAGUGUGCUAUGCCUACUUUACUAUCAAACUUAUGGAUCUCCUGGACACGGUAUUCUUUGUGUUAAGAAAGAAACAAAAUCAAGUAUCGUUUCUCCACGUGUACCACCAUUUUGGAAUGGUAGCAGUAUCUUGGUCCAUGGUAAAAUGGGUCCCAGGUGGUCACACCAGCAUGUUGGUGCCAAUAAAUUCAUUCGUACAUAUAAUUAUGUACUCAUACUACCUUCUGACGACGUGGGAUGACAGCUACAAGAAAUCUUUGUGGUGGAAGAAACAUGUUACUCAAGUUCAAAUUAUUCAAUUUGCACUUCUGCUGUUACACUUCUUAUUAUUGAUGUUGGUCCCAGAGUGUGCAUUCCCACGCCAGCCCGCCUACAUACUCAUCCCACAAAAUCUAUUCAUGUUAAUCUUAUUCAGUGACUUCUAUUACAAUACAUACAUUAAGACCAGUGCAAAUAAAAAUAAA